GUUCACAAACCUUUUUUCUUAGAACAAAUUUUUUUUUUUUGUGAAUAUGACAGAGCAAACUUUUAAGGCUUUUGAAAGUUAUGAUUUUGAAAAUGAUAUUAAUUUUCAGUCAGGUUUACCUUCAAUCCUUAAUUCACACAAAGAUAAGCCAAAAGAAAAAUUGAAUGCUCUCAUAGAAAAAGCUAAAUACUUUUAUUAUUCCAAAAUUAUUCAAGGAUUUGAUUACGAUGAUUAUCUGGCAUGGAAAACGAACACAAAAAAAUCAGUUUCCUCAAAUAUUGAAGACAAUACUGUGUCAACAUCCCGAGAAACAUCAGUAAGGGAUGUUAACAAUAAUCCUCAAACUGAACAAGCUGCGGAUAACCCACAAUAUCCACGAACAUUCCAUCAACUGGUUGAAAUGAUAUCUAAAGAGCAACCUAUACCAGGAAUUAAACAAAUUCCCAACGAGUUAAAUAAGGGAACUCCAUCGAAUUCCACCAUUAAACCACGUCCAAAGCCGUGGGAGAAAAAGAAUAUGAAUAAUGAAUUUAUAUAGUCCACUUUAUUUAUUAAUUUUAUCACGAUCGUGUGUAUAUUAUCUGAUACUAUAUAACUUACAAAUCAUUCUAUAAUACUACAGUUUAAUUUUAC